GCUUUCUUGACUCUAUAAAUGCUUUGUAUUUUCAUCACAAACUUCCUCACUCGUUAAAAACCAGUGCUUCUUUCAUUUCUAUCAUUCAAGCAACGCUUUCACACUCUUUCUUUUCCCUUUUCUCUGUCCCCUGGUUGAGAUCUUUUUCUUUCCAAUGUUAAAGGAGUGGUUUCCAGGCAUAACUGAGGUAUCACUUAAGUGUGGAGAAAUUGUCUUUUUGUGGGGUUUUGCUGCAAUGAGAGAUCCUAGAAUUAGGUUCUUAAUUAAAGUGUUGAAGAGAACAAUAUUUGCUGCUUUCACCUGCAUUUUUGCAUUAGGAGGGGCUAUAGUGGGAACUGUAGUAGGGGCAAUGAAAGGGCAGACAACAGAAACUGGGUUUUUCAGGGGUGCCGGAAUUGGUGCUGUUGCAGGUGCAAUCACAGCUGUUCAAUUGCUGGAAUCAUUGGCUGAUGGGGAGUCAUUGUCCAAGGUAGCUUUAUUAGUUAGCUUAGUAAAUGGGAAGGUCUUCAUCGAAUGGGUAAGCCCAGCAGUGCUAAAAGCUUAUCAAUGGCAAAUGAGCUCACUCGAAUCGACAUACAGAGAAAUCUCAGACAUAUAUGAUGUAAAUGGAGAAAAGGGUUUGUCCAGAAGUUGCAUUCAAAAGCUUCCAGUGCAUGAGUUUCAUUCCAGUGAGAUGAUCAAAUCAAGGGAGGAAUCUUCUUGUUCAAUUUGCUUACAGGGGCUAAAGGAUGGAGAAAUGGCAAGAAAUCUUCCUAGAUGUGGGCAUAUCUUCCACUUAAACUGCGUAGAUGAAUGGCUAAGCCGGCAAGGCACUUGUCCCAUGUGCAGAGAACAUGUUUUUAAUGAUGCUGAGGAAUUUUAAAUCAUCAAAUUUUGAUUUAACAAAAAAUGGUGAUUGGUUUUUGAAAUUGUGAAUUGUGCCAAUGUAUAAUUUGAAAAGAAAAUGAAUGAUGGAAUGUGAUGCAAAAAAAG